UUUCUGUCAGUGUCAUAUCCAUAUUUGUGUCAUUAGUACAUUUUUAAUCACCAAAUCAGCACUAAAAUGUAAAGGAAAUUAUCCCAAAAUGAACCAUAAUCCACAUCGUAACACGUUGAGGAUAUCAUUAAGCUUAGCUAAAACUAUCAAGCCAUUACAUUUACCAAGGUUUUCCACACAACAAUUAGUGAAAUCGGCCAGUGAUAUUAUUUAACACUUAAUUCUAAAGUUUUACUAAAUGUUUCGACUAGUCACAUGAUAUUGGGAGUCAAUUUAAGUGAAAUUAAUAUGUUAUAAGCAUAUUUAUUAUGUACGAGUCUUACGAGUUAGAAGAUCGUAAAAUGAAAGGCACUCUUCGUGAUUGGCGCAAAGCCCUGCGCACACCAGCCACGUACAGAGUCGGGAACGCAGUUAGGAUACAGCCACAGUUUGUGUUGUUGAUUGUGUUAAUAGGUGCAUUCCUUAUAGUGUUAUUUUAUUAUAAUUGGUGGACUAGUACCCAGCCAGUGAAUGUGCAGAGAUGGGCCAGUUCCGCAAGGUCGUAUAAUGCAACCUAUCCGCUCACUGCGCCCUUGGUCAGUGGAGAUGUCACGUCGUUCAGAAUUGGGAUAGUGGCGGACUUAGAUACUAAUUCUAAAAGCAAUACUAAUAAGCACACGUAUAUAAGUUACUUAAAGAAAGGGUUACUGCACUACAACCGUGUGAAGAAGUCUGUGCAAGUGUCAUGGGAUAUCCGGGAGCCCACGAUGUUGACUUCAACUUACUCCCAUAAGGGGAGAGGCAUGGAGCUAUCAGAGUUGAUAGUAUAUGAUGGGAGAUUGCUCACUUUUGAUGACCGUUCAGGAAUGGUGUUUGAAAUAUCAAACAAUAAAAUAGUGCCAUGGGUCAUAUUAACCGAUGGGAAUGGCCAUACAGAAAAGGGUUUUAAGUCAGAAUGGGCCACAGUCAAAGAUGACAUUCUGUAUGUAGGAUCUAUGGGCAAAGAAUGGACAACGGCCAGUGGGGAAUUCCAGACUUAUGACCCCAUGUGGAUCAAACUCAUCAAUAUCCAUGGAGAGGUGCAGCCAUUAAACUGGGUGACCCAGUACAAGGGUGUCCGCGGUUCCAUCGGCAUCCAGUGGCCAGGUUACAUGAUCCAUGAGUCAGGAGUAUGGUCGCCACACAAGCAGUUGUGGCACUUUCUACCAAGAAGAUGCAGUCAUGAGCCUUACAAUGAGACGAAAGAUGAAGUAAUGGGAUGCAAUUACUUGAUUACCGCUGAUGAAAAUUUUAAACACAUUCAUGCUCUUGAGAUUACAAAACACCAACCAAAGCACGGUUUCUCAUCGUUCAAGUUUAUACCGGGAACAAAUGAUGAAGCUAUAGUUGCUUUGAAAACUACGGAGUUCGAAGGCAAGACUGCCACGUACAUAACUGCAUUUACAACGGACGGUAUCGUGUUACUACAUGACACAUUGAUCGAAAACCUCAAAUACGAGGGCCUGGAAUUUAUAUGAUAGUGAAUUAGUAAAUUGUAAUUAAAAUCGUGACUGUAAAUAUGUAAAAUAUAAUAUAGUUUCGUUA